CCCCCGCAUCGCCGUGUAAGUAUAAGCCAACGAGACGCGGAAUGUCCGCUCACUGGUGUUUGAAAUCGUCGGCUCGUCGGCGCCUGUUUUAACCGCGGUUGUCGGAAGCAUCCCGCCCUCGUUGCGUAUAGCUCACCUCGGCCUCUCGGACUCCCCACGGGCUUCGGCUCGGUGGAGCCGCGAAGCAUGGAAGAUCAGAAGGAGAACGUGCGGGAGAGUGAGGACCAAACCCGCCCGGCGGAGCACUGCAGUGACAGCCGAGCCACCCCACCCAGGGGUGAGUUCAGCGACCCCGUGUACAAAGAGAUCGCCCUGGCAAACGGGCACAUCAACCGCAUGACGAAGGAGGAGCUGCGAGUGAAACUGGCAGAGCUGAAGCUGGAUACCAGGGGUGUGAAGGAUGUGCUCCGCAAGCGUUUAAAGAGCCACUCCAAGAAGCAGAAGCUGCAGCAGUCGAUGGCAGCAGGUGGGGCGACCGACACCUACUACGACUACAUCUGCGUGGUGGACUUUGAGGCCACCUGCGAGGAGAUCAACGCCCCCGACUUCCAGCACGAGAUCAUCGAGUUCCCCAUGGUGCUGGUCAACACACGCACGCUGGAGAUCGAGGACACCUUCCAGGAGUAUGUGAGGCCGGUGUUGAAUGCCCAGCUGUCCGAGUUCUGUGUGAAGCUCACUGGAAUAACACAGGAGACGGUGGACAAGGCAGAUGUUUUCCCUGAUGUUCUGGGUAGAGCUGUUUUGUGGCUCCAGAAGAAGGAACUUGGAACAAAGUACAAAUAUGCGGUUCUGACUGAUGGGUCUUGGGACAUGAACAAGUUUUUGAAGAUUCAGUGCCACAUCAGUCGAAUCCGCUACCCCAAGUUCGCCAAGAAGUGGAUCAACAUCCGCAAAUCCUAUGGCAACUUUUAUAAGGUACCCCGGACCCAGACCAAGCUGAGCAGCAUGCUGGAGAAGCUGGGCAUGCGCUACGAGGGCCGGCCUCACUGCGGCCUGGAUGACUCGCGCAACAUCGCCCGCAUCGCCCUGCGCAUGCUGCAGGACGGCUGCCAGCUCCGCGUCAACGAGCGCAUGCACGCUGGCCAGCUGACAAGUGUGCCCAGCUCCGCCCCCGUGGAGGGAGCUCCGCCCCCAUAUAAACCAGGAAGUCGCGAUUGACUCUGCCCAUCGCCUAAUUCCCUGCCACCCCUAAUUAAGAACUAAUAUGUGAUAUCGUAAUUUAAUUUUGUGCCAGGAAGUGGGGGUGUGGCCAGUGGGAGCAGUCUCCAUUUAGCACACUUUCCAAGAUGAUUUACUAAUGUGGGUUAGAACAUACGCCCAUAGUUUCCAGGAUAGGCUCAGGACCCCCGCAACCCUACAUAGGAUAAGCUGCUAUAGAAAAUGGAUGGAUGGAUUGUACUAUGGUGAUCCAUGUGGGGGGAGACCUGCUGCCCCCCCCAAAUUCCUCAUCGUGAUGGUGUUUUAAUAUGCUUUGAACUGUCAAUUAAAGUAACAGUACAUUCAGUAAAAACAGCAGCAAUUACUGAUGAAUAUUUUAAGGGUCAUGUUUUUCUGUUUUCCUUUUAUUUUUUUUAAAAGAUGUAUCAGUAUUAAUAAAUGCCUUCAAAGCUUUCAGGAA